CGGGACGGUUCGGCCCGGAUAAACUCAGACCACUACCACCACGUCGCUCCAGAGACGCAUAGAAUCGUUAUCUGCUAUUCAUCUGUAUUUGAUUCGCUGACCUCCUUGCACAGAUUUAAUUUAAUUCCAACGCUCCUUUCUCUGUUCGGGUCCCAUUUCGCAUAUGACAGAUACUCUGCCUCCGGAGUUACUUGCUGAAAUCUUCGAAUACGAGACACCCUAUGAAGUCCUUGACGACUCCUCUGGCCUAUGGGUUUUUUCCCGAGUGUGCAGAGCUUGGAGAGCAGCGGUACUGUCGUUCCCCCAUCUGUGGUCCGACAUGAUCGUCAGCUCCGGUGACUCGGACAAACAUACCCAGGCCAAGAAUAGUCCCUUCGCAAUGCUCAAGCAUGCACUAGUCCGGUCUGGUCAUCACAAGUUGAAUGUCACAUUCCGCCUGCCAGAAACUUCUCAGAUAGGCAGAAUUCUCUUCUAUUUGUUGGAGAGUCAUUCUUGUCGCUGGAAAGAAGUUAACUUCAUGAUUCCGGGCGAUUUUGUUGACAAUUUCUCUUUUCGUGGGCGAAUACCAGUGUUGUCUCGACUUACGUUGAACAAUCUGGGCCCAGCUCCGCUGUCUUUGACCAAAGUCUUCACAAUCGCACCUCACCUGAGGGAGGUGACCUUCUCAGGUGUCCGUGGAGCGACCAUGCCUUUACCUUGGGCACAGAUAAUAUCUUUCACCGACGACCGAGAAAUUAGCGGCUCUUCACCUACCGACGACGACGACUAUGUCCAUAUUCUCCAGAAUGCACCUAUCAUGUGCUCCCUACACGCCUUUCGCGCCGCCACAUUCGCACAUUCGAUGCCUGCUCUCCAGAAGGUCAGGCAAACGUCUCUUCGGGAACUUUCAGUAUCUGAAAGUGACGACCUUCGUUUCCUGACGAGUUUGGAGCUGCCAUGUCUAGAUACGUUUGUCAUGCGUGUCGGAUCAGACCGCAUGUACGGGUUCCACACACACGCCGCCGAUCACUUGCGGGCUCUGUUAACAGGGUCCCAAGCACCCCUUCAACAUCUCACAGUUACUGACAAACUGUUUACGCUCAGGAUCUAUCCCCUCCUUGAGUCAAUCCCUAAUCUCAUGACGUUGACGCUCAAUUUCUAUCAUCGUCCGAUUCAGAACGAAUUCAUAUCGCGUAUGACGGAGAGGGACGCGCAGGGUGACAUGAUCCUUCUUCCUCGUUUGAAGGAAUUGACCAUGCGAGUUUCGCAUCCUACUACCGACAGUCCGUUUGGGAAAGGUCUCACGGAAAUGAUUUGUAACAGGUGGGCGGCGCGCCAGUACCGCCUCAAGUCCGUUGUCUUGGAAAGUACAGGGACUAUGGCGAAAGUUGAAGAUUUAUUCUCUCAGGUAGAAUACGAUAGAUUCAUAAGAAUGAAGAGGGAUGGGUUGGAUGUGAAGAUCGGUAUUCAGGAAUCGGAUAUGGCGAAAGCGGUUUAUUUACUUUGACACGCUAGCUGCAAGAGGAACUGGGCAAGCUGGAUAUCUUCUACUCUUAAUUAUAUGUGCUGAAUAUCAUAUGAUUUUUUUCCCUGAUAAUUUGAUGGCA